AUGUCUCAUGCGACAUCGCUAGUAGCGGUACCUGUGGAAAGAAGAGAUGGUUUGAGGUUUAAUGUUAAACUUGUCGAGACACGAGUCCUGGGCCAAGCAAUAGGCUCUUCCUCUAAGCCUAUGUCAAACCUAGACCAAGAAAAGUUUGAGAAUGGAAAUGUCGUUGCACCAUCAGUUGGACUUUAUGAGACAGAAAAGGGCACACCUGUAGGCAAAAGCGCAAAUGCAAAAGGCAAAGGGAAGGCCCUCGAAUCAAAAUCAGUCUCUAAGAAGAGGUGUGGAGCAUCAACUCCGGACGCUGUACUCUGA